UCUAUCUCAAUCCUCACUACACUUGAUCACGCGGCCUGGCCCUCGCGCAGAAACAGCACGGUCUCUCCCCACAAAUCUUACCCCUCCUCUACUGGUCGAAGAUAAUUACGUUGCAUCCAGAAUGGCCUUUAGACGAUCCUUUGGUAGGCCUCACAGCCAGGCCUUCCGGUCCGGAAACACACAGGCGCCUAUGUACCAGGAUGACGUUUAUGAAUUGCGUGAUUUUGAUGACCUGCCGUCGUCACAAGCCAUCUGCUUGACCAAAUUUGCCAAGGCGCACCCCCGAAACAAAGGCAACAAGUCCUGGAAGCCUUUGCAAUUAGAAAGCACCGAAGACACCGGUAGGAAGAACAGUCAAAGCCCAAUGAAUCCCUUCGAGACGGGCCAAAGCGAGCCUCGCUCUCGAUUGUCCGCCCUCCAUCGUGCGUAUAGUGGAGAGUGUAAUCCGAACAGGCACAGUGAAGGGGUCCCAGCAUCCUCUCGGUUUCAUUCGCAAUCGUACCAUUACAGUCCAGAAGCACAGCGAGGGGAAGAGGCAUGGCCGACGAAUGCCAACGCAAUUCACUACCAAGAGAACCCUCUUAAUUAUUCCCACAACUACGGCUUCGCAUAUUCCUACUCACAUUCACAACCACAUAGCUGCGUAUCGGAGAGCCCAUUCCUGAGAAAUGAUGACUACCACAGCUCGGAGCACCUUCCCUGGUCGACAGGACUACAUUCGAUCUCCAAUGAGCUGUCUUUCAUGGGCGUAUCGCAGCCAACCCUUUACAACCAGGACUUCGUAGCUGAUGGCAGCAUCAUGACGGACUCCUCCCUGAAUAUCUACAGCGCCAGUUUUGACCAGCCGGAGGACCGCUCUCCUUACGAAUCAGUACCUUUUCACUAUGAUCAUGCCCUCGCUCAUGAGAGCUUGGUAACUCUGCACCCAUCGCUCUCGGCAUCACAUGAAGAUCGAUCGAGAGAUUUUUCCUCUACCUCAUGGGACCUCUCUCUGGAUGCUCCACAUGAGCAUGUAUUGAGCCCUAAGCCAAGUACACCUGCGAUGGAGUGCCAACCACCGACGUCGUUUUUGUCCCGUUCUCAGUCCUUGAAUGAUGUAGAUGCUCCGCAAAUGCCUUGCGCUGAGGCCCCAGGUCCUGACCAUGAAAGCUCUUAUCAGGAUGACAAAGGCUACACUAAAGAAGAAAAACUUGCAUUGCUUACCAGAGCUGUAUAUGAGCGGAUUACUACGGAUCAGGAUAUAUUAUCGGUCGCCCAAAUGGAAGCCUACGACGCACACGCCCAGGGGACUACAACAACUCUGGAUAGCUCAUCGGAUCGUGUCUCUGGUCUAAGUGGCGAGUCAACAACCACAAAGUCAACCAAUUCGGGGAAUAUAGAUAUCAGAGCAGCUUACCCGCCAGAAAUUACCGAAAAUCCGUGGACAUCGGGUCCUAUCUGGUACGAUUUUACUGAAAGAUGGAAAGGAAUUCCCGCGGCGGGUGUCCCCGGAUACCUAAAUUUAAUAACCAGCAAACGCAUAAGACCUCCGCCAGGACUCUCUGAGCCAGUAGUGCAUAGUCCAACCGCAUGGCCUUUACCUUACAGAAAUGAUCCCCUGGUGACUCAGAAAAGACUUGACGAAGCAAAUGAAUGGUUCCGCAAAGAUGCCCGAGGCCUUGAGCAACUUCGAGGGCAAGUCACAGACAUCGCGCAGAAGUACGCCGAAAGAAUUGAGGGACGUAGUGAAACCACCCACACCCUGCAGGAAAGUACAGCUGCGAAGCAAAUAAGUUCCCUGAUCGGCAACGUCAUCGUUAAUCUCCAUUUCUACGUCUCUGACAGCUCUUCGCGAGACUCGGCAGGUUUCGCAGACUUUGAAGAUGUGGAGAGUUGUUAUUGCGAACCCAGCCUUGGUGGACGCCGCAGUUACUUCGAACGAGACCCAUCCGUUGACCGCUGGAGGCUUCGUGUGGAUCGGGCAUAUUCGACUAUAAGUAACCUUUCCGAUUCAAGUCCCUCAUCCUCUCAUGUCAGGGCUCUAUGAUCUCACAGCGCCCACAAUAUGCUAAGCAGAUAUCUAUGAAUCAGUGGAUAGGUAUCAUCAACAAAUUAUGAAAGGCUAUCGGAGAUUCGGAGGCUUGAGAAGAUGAUA